AUGGAAGCGUUUAGCUUGCUCAACUACUGGCGAAAUACUAAUGGUGGUGUUGCUCGUGCUGCUGCUUCUGGUGGUGGGGGACCAUUACCAACCCUCAUCCUUCACGCCGCCGCCGCCCCCCCUGAAACUACAACUAUCGCCGCCGCCUCUGUCACUCACCACGACCAAGACGGAGGCCCAUUCUUCGACCUCGAGUUCUCACUUCCAGACGAACAUGGACUAAACAACAACAGACAAACUCGUCAUCAUAUUAUCCAGGAGGACCACCAACACAAGAUCGAAGAAGAUGAAGAUGAAGAAGAAGAAGAAGAAGAGGAAGAGUGUGAUUCCGACGAAUCAGACGGUGAGAACGAGAAAGAUGGAGAGUUAAUUGAAUUCGCCCUUUCUUCCUGUUCAAGCGGCGGCGGCGGUGGUGGUAACAUGACAGACCCUUCCGACGAUCUUUUCUUUAAAGGACGACUUGUUUCAGUCGAUACUACAACAACAACGAACGCCUCCUCCGAACAACAUCAUGCUGCUGCCAAGUCUCAAUUUCUGCAAAAAUCCGCCACCAAGUUCCGGGUUCUCAUGUUGAAGUUGAAGAAAUCUAAAUGCAAUGCUGAUGCCGCCGCCGCCGAUGGCUCUGCUACCACCGCCAAUCAACAACAGCAGCCUGCUAGCAAGUUUCUCACCGUCAAAUUUAAAGUCGAAGAUGUUCCAAUUAUGUCUCUAUUUUUCAGAGACAGCAGCAGCAGCAGCAGCAGCAAGUCUCAAAAGCAGAUAGCCCACCGAGAAAUCCCACCUUCGGAUUCAUCUUCUACUGAUGAGAAGCGAUUCUCCAAAGAUUUGAUGCAAAAGUAUCUCAACAAAGUCAAACCACUCUACGUUCGUGUCUCCAAACGAUACGCAGAUAAUAAUAAACCCAAGUUCCCUGAACAACAACAACAGCAACAACUCACCUUGGUCGGAUCACCAAAAACGCAGAAACCAGAGACGACAGAAGUUUUGUCAGAAACCGUCGAGGAAACUCCGGUGCAACAGGGGAAUUCGAAAGGUCAAAAACAGGGGAACCUGCAAGCAGGUUUGCGAGUGGUAUAUAAGCAUUUGGGAAAGAGCCGGUCGGCUUCGUCGGCGGCUACGCCGUUGGAUGCGGUAACCUCAAGACGACGGGAUGAUUCUCUGUUGGAACAACAAGACGGUAUUCAAGGAGCCAUUCUUCAUUGCAAGAGAUCGUUUAAUGCAUCCCGAGAUUCGGCUUCUUCUUCUUCGUCCAUCUUCGACCGGAAUGUGAGCUUCCCGGCAAUGGCACCGGAGGAAUUAGAAAAGCUAGAGUUAGAGGGUUUCAUUUUCAACCAGUAG